GAUUAGAAAAGAAGCCCGCUGUCGGUCGGUGUCUCGGUGUACGGAAUACAUUAGUUUUCUCGAUUUUUCUGUUAUUUAUGUGUGAGUCAUACUGUUUUUAAAUGAAAUAAAGCAGUUUUAGUUCAAUACACUAUAAAUUCUGCGGUUUAUUUACAUAAUACAGGGAUAGCGUGCAGCAGAUCCAAUGGAGCUGCAGGCAUUGCUAGUGCUAUGCGGGGUAGGUGUAGCUGGAGUUGCUGUCGUACUGCUGAUGGGACUAUUUUCUGCAUCUGGCACCAGUUAUGAGGAAGCAAUUGCUCAGCAGCGAAGAGCCACCACUGAACUUCUUGCUUUAGCUGAAAACAGGAACAAGCCGAAGAAAAAAGAGAAGAAAGCGAAUAAGAAGUUGGCAAAGAAGGAGAAACGAGAGGCCACUAUAACAACUGGCACUGGCGAGGUGGAGAGCGAGGCACUCGCCGAGAGCGGUGUGGAUGAAGACCCUGCUCCCGCUACCAAACCGCACGUGGAGUUCAGUCCACCGAUCGUCGUAGAUGUGCCCGACACCCCGCCUAACGUCAAGAUCCGCAAACGCGGCAAGGAUCCUAAAGUAAAGCCGAUACUGUUAAACAAAGAGGAUCCGAGCUGCGUAAGCGAUCCAAGCGCGGUCUCCACGCCCGAGAAUGUUAUCUCCAACCACUUUGAGGAGAUGCACCCGAAGGACGAGUUCGAGUUGCAACAUUCCACCCUCGCAGCCGAAAAAGCAACGGAAAAAAAGGAAGAAAUUAUUGAGAAGAAAGAUGCUAAAGCUGUGAAGCAACCUAAGGGCGGUAAGGCUGCAGCUAAGCCUGCGGAAGCUGCCAAGGAGGAGGUACCUCGCGAACGACACAACAGCGGCGAGGCUCCAAAGGAGCAACGUAAAGCUAAAAAAAUAGAAAAGAAGCCAUCUAACGAAGAUGCUGUGGACGCCCCGCGUGAGGAGAUAGUACCUCCACUGAACGCACCGCAGCCAAGCGAGCUGACGACUGAAAAGCUUCUUAAGCAGGUGGCUUCCGCGACCAGUGCUAAUACUGCUUCGCCACCUGGUGGAAAGAACAAGAAGAAAAAGCCAGAACCAAAUGUGCUUUCUCUUAUGGCCGGUGAAGGCGCCACUGGAGGUGUGAAUGUGGGUGAAUUAGUGCGUCUGGUACGCGAGGCGCCGCUGUCACGGACCGAGAUACAAAUUCUCACCGACGCGUUACUUAACCGCCACCACGACCCACUGCCGCAGCACUCCGAGUGGACUGAGGGUCCCAACGAUCCUAUGCAGAAAUUGAAGAAGCAACUCGCUGACAAGGAGAAGGCCCUUGCUGACGAAAUAGAAGCAUCUCAAGCUUUGCACGCUAAGCUGAAGGAACUUAGAGCGACCUUGAACGCCGAGCGUGGGCGCGCGGCGGCGGCGGCGCGUGCGGCGGAGCAGGCGGCGGCCGCGGCGCGCGCCGAGCUGCACACGCAGCAAGCGCGCAUUCAGCGCUUGCUCGACGACAAUCAUGCGCUCGCGCAGGACAAGAUGAUGCUUCAAUCUAAACUUGCCGCGGAGGGAGAAGCGCAGUCUCAGAGAGUGCAAAUGGAAAUGCAUAUUCAAAGACUGUCUGAGAGUGAAGCAACACUGGUAUCGCAGCUAGGGGCGUUGCAAGCCGAAAUACAGGCACGAGUAUUGGAGGCAGGACAAGCGCGCUGCGAAGCUAGCGCUGCUAGAGACAGCGUAAUCCUCGCGCAGCAACACGCCGCAGAACUCAUGCAGCAGCUGCAGGACGCGAAUCACACAUGCAACGAGCUGAAAAACCGUCUCCACGACUCAAGCCUAGCAGAACAACGGAUGCAACAAGAACUACGGCAAGCACAAGAACAACUGAAUGGCAUAUCCGAGCUGCAGGCUGAAGUGCAACGGCUAACGGCGCGUGCGCAGGCCGCUGAAACUCAGGUCGAGGCACUCAAGGAAGAUAUCGACAAACAGAAGCAAGAGAUGAACAAAGAAUUGGGCAGGCUAGCUGACGAAGUGGCCAUACGUGAGGCGGAGUUAGCAGAACUGAAGGCAAUGAAACCAGCACAAAAUGGACUCCCUACCAAUGAACAACACAAGGCCACGGAGAUAGCGAAGGUGGAAAGUGUGGUGGAGGCGCUUCGCAGCGAGUUGGCCUCCGAGGCGCGGAAUUGCAUUGAACAACGCGACCAGCUCAAGCAAUUACAGGAGCAGCUCGUCCUUUUUCAGAAAAAGAACGACGAGUUGCGAACUAAAAACUGGAAGGUAAUGGAGGCGUUAAAGUCGACCGAAAAGGUUCUCCAAUCGAGGGCAAGCGCGAUGCCGGCCCAAGAUAUGCCCGAGUCGAUAGCGAAAUCACAGGAAGCACAUUACAACGAAGUGGCGAGUGUUUUACGAAACGUAUUGCCAUCAGCUGCGCCCAAUUCGCCCACAGGCCACGAAUGGUUGCAGACCUUCGCCGAGAACCUCAAGCGCGAAUUAGAAAAACGGGACAUGGAGAAAAAGCAGUUAGAAACACAAGUCCAAGGCAAAACUGUAACGAAACAUGUGGAAAAGGCCGAAGGUGUACUGGAUUCGAGGGUGAAGGAGCUUUCCGCGCAAAACGAACACUUACAAGGACUCGUCGAUAAAUACAAGACUAUUAUUGAUGACACGGAGGGUGUGCUGAGCCGGCUACAACACAACGUGACGACGGAGGAACAGCGGUGGGCCGAGCUGCUGGCCGACAAGCAACGCGAGCUCGACGAACUGCGCCUGAAGACUCUGCAACAGAUGCAAAAGAAAAUAGACGCACUGCAAGCAGAAUUGCAGCAAGCUAAGGCGGCUAAUCACAACCACAGCUUUGCAGAUGCGGAGCGGCUCACAGAGGAACGAUUAUUGAUGGCUGGACUUUCAAGUAAACAGAACACUGACGUAUGUAACGGUCCAUUACAGGUUUUAGAAGAGAAAUAACAUACAUUAAAGGCAGGAUCAAGUACCGCAGUUUUAAACUGUGAUUCCGCGCCGGUGCGUGCGCGCAGGUAACGCACGGCAGCCGCGCGCCGCCGGCCACGAGCGUCACUUCGUGAUACAUUUAUACUCAUUUAUAUCAGGAUUUUGAUGGUAGCUUUCUUCCACAUUUCUUCGGCUAACGAUCUCUUUAACUUUUGGAUAAUAGCUGAUCAAUUUCUAAUGAGCAUUUCACUUCUCUUUGAAAUUCAUACUGCCAUAAUUUCCCAUAUGAGUAUCCAUCAAAUUCCUGACAAUAUUUUAGUAAUAGUCUUUUCACUAAACACUACCGCAAAAUUCUGUACGGCUAGUUGGAAAACUCAGCCUCUCACUUCCCAUUUCAUAAAAGUGCUCAAACAUAGGUUAAGUAGAUGGACAGGUACAAAUUGCAAAUACCUAUCGUCAAAAGACAUGUUUAACAUAGAUUGCACUGCUGUCGGACUCUUUAGAAGUUUGCAAAGCGUUCCUGUGAUUAUUUGAAUGAAUGAAUUGGGAAGUGAUAUUUAGACUACCUCGGAUUUUUUGGCCAUUUGCGAUCGAUGUCAUUUACCGUACUGGCAAGGGUGGCCGAUAAGUUGCAUUCAUUAUUAAAAUCUCAGUGUAGUUGAGAUGGCUCUUCUAAAGGCUUGUACUAGAGAUCAACUCGUGUUUUGGACUGUAUAGUGCGAUGCAAAAACAUUUAUUAUUAAGUAAAACUGCUUAGAAUAUAAUGAAAUAAUGAAUUGAAUCCAUUAUCGUAUAUAAAUGCUUCAGAUUAAUUUGCAGCGAUUAAUGAUUUUUAUUUUUGUAAUUAUUUAUUUAUGUAAUUAUUUUGUUUGGAUGGAGCAUUGAUCGUUAGGGAAAUUAGGUAAUAUUGUGAUGUUGCAAUUUAAAAUUUGCAGUAGGUUAUAUUUAGAUAUUAUGUUAUUAAUAAAUUCCUGUACUGGAUUGAUGAUUGCAAUAAAUUUAGUUUUAAAUCUAUUUAUGGACAAAUUACAAUUAUUAAAUUGAAUCCAUUAGUGACGUGCCUAUGAGGAGUCCUAAUUUAUUGGCGGGCAAUAAUACCAUUAAUAAUAAUUUUACGAAAAACAAUAAACUAGCACAAGAAUAGUGAUUUAGACGACCAGUGAAAUAUUGUCCAUUAAUAAUAUAGGACUUAAGAAUUAUAUUAUUAUGCUUUCAUUUUAUGAUUUAUGAUCGCCGAAUUGUUUUAUAAAUAUAAAGGAAUGUUAUUUACUCUUUACAAUUACGUAUAUAACAUUAUUAUUUAAAGCUAUAUUUUGUAUCUAAUGCAUAAUCAUUUCUGUCAGUGCCUUAGGGGUAAGUUUUGACAGCAGCUGACUGUUUUAAGUUCUAGUAAUAAUUAAAUCAAUUGCUUGUUAUGAAUUACGACAAGCUUUAUCAUUUGGAUGUUAAUUCACGUUGUUUUAUAUAAAUAUCCGUUUAGUAUCAUGAGUUUUAUUACAUUAGGGAAUCACUGUGUCAAAAUGUCCUGAAAAUUGUAAUAGCCGUAGUGUAUGAAACUAAAUGUAAAGUAAGUAAG